AUGUCAAAGCCUUUCAAACCGACUACUUGGGCGGCUAUCAACAACGCUACUCUUCCUGCUGAAGGUGCUGGUAACCAAACCUUUGAUAACCGUAUCUUGGCUGGUGCUGUUAUCGGCAUUCCUGCAUUCAUCUCUUAUACCUUGGGCUUGCCUCUCUGGGCCUUCCCUAUUGUUGCUUUGGUUUUGUUCCUUCCCCUCUUGGCAUGCACCCUUUACCUCUUCUCUCGCUUUGCUCCUCGCUAUAGAAACCACAUCCCUCUUCCCGGUAAACCUAUUGAACACUACUUGACCUUCCACGAUGCUGAACUCAAGGCCAAGUACAAUGGUCGCAAUAAGAUCCCAAUGGAAACCUUCUUUGAAGCUUAUUUUAUCGGUAAGGUUGAUUUCAACGGCGAUGCUUUGGAAAUUAUGGAACUUCGUCAUGAUUGGGCUGCUUUUGAGUUCACUGUGGGUCAAUUCAAGUUCUUCUUGACUCAAUGGCUCCCUGAGACUUUCUGGCACUCUCGUGAACAAGAUGAAAACCAAGUUCGUGAUCAUUAUGACCGCGGUAACGAUUUUUAUGAAGCCUUCUUGGGCCCCCUUAUGGUUUAUACUUCCGGCAUCAUCUCUGAUCCCACCAAGCGCGAAACUUUGGAAGAAAUGCAGGAGAACAAGAUGAAGCUCGUUUGUGAGAAGCUCCACUUGAAGGAAGGCGAGAAGCAUCUGGAUAUUGGUUGUGGUUGGGGCACCUUGGUUGCCUAUGCCGCUAAGAACUACGGAAGUCAAUCUACUGGUGUCACUCUUGCUCGCAACCAAGUUGCUUUCGGUGAGAAGCGUAUUGAAGAAUGGGGCGUCAAGGGUAAGGCUAACCUCCUCUGCAUGGACUACCGCGAUAUUCCCAAGAGCGAAAAGUAUGACAAAAUCACGGCUGUUGAGAUGGCUGAACAUGUUGGUAUUCGUCGUUUCCAAACCUUCCUCUGUGAAAUCCGUGAACUCUUGGAAGAUGAUGGUCUUUUCUAUAUGCAAGUUGCAGGUUUGAGAGCUACAUGGCAAUACGAGGAUUUCAUUUGGGGUCUUUUCAUGGCUAGAUAUAUUUUCCCUGGCGCCGAUGCUUCCACUCCUUUGUAUUGGUAUCUUCGUCAACUUGAAAUGGCUGGUUUCGAAAUCCACAAUGUCGAUACCGUUGGUGUUCACUACUCUGCUACUCUUGACAGAUGGUACGAGAACUGGAUGAAGAACAAGGAUGCCAUGAAGGCCAAGUACGGUGAAAAGUUGGUUCGCAUUUGGGAGAUCUUCCUUUCAUGGUCCGUCAUUUCUUCUCGUCAAGGAAGCGCUACUUGUUUCCAAAUUGUUGCCAACAAGAACCGCAACUCCUUUGAUCGUGCUCAAUUGAUCUGCAACCGCACAAACCCCUCUGCCUGGAAGAGCAAGACUGGUUAA